AUGAGUGCAUCAAAAAGGAAGGCAAAAAGCCCGAUGUGGCUUAAUCCACGUGAUGUUAUGAAACGACAUUUGAAACGAAGAAGCAGAAGGUGCUUGUUGACUGAAACGCUCGCUUCAUCGUCAGCUCCUAAUCUUGAUAUUACAAACAAUGCCGGUGAGCAUUCGGUUAAAUUUGGUAGUUCUGCAAUUCGUCCAUGCAACCCUUUCAAGUGUUCCUCUUCUGAGGAAAUUUUGGGCUUGGACAGCGGGAAGGAAAACACUGACCCGCUAUCUUUUGAGUCGGAGGAUGCGUUACUGGAAUUCCCCAGUAAUGUCUUUGGUGCUAUCAAAGAGGAUGAGAAAAAAAGCGGUGAAAAAAAACGUCUGAAACCCCAUCAGGCAAGUUUCAUUGAAUCCUCUUUUUUUUUUCGAUGGAACGCAUAUCCUCGUAUGAUUUUUCAAAUAUCACCAGUUCCUCCAACUUCUCGAGAGAUUCACAUGGUAGUAAAGCUGAUAUUUUUGAAAAGAAGACAUCAAGGUAAUUACCAGGUGCGAGUAACUGGGCUAGAAUAUGAUGUUGGUAUUCAUAUUCUUCUUCAUGAUGAAAAAGAUUGCAGACAAGCAAAUUUGAAGGAUGCGCCUUGUACUUCGGUCGCCAGAACAAAUUCACUAGCUGGAUUUGAGGCGGGGACAUUUUACUGGGAGUUCCCAAAUAUUCCUUGGAUGAUGACUUACCCGAGACUCGAUGUCGCUCGAAGAUUUGUUGGGAUUAAAAAGGAGAAAGCACCAAGUAUAAAUUCGUUAGGAAAAGUUUUUGUGGAGGGCCUCAAUGUUCAGUGGGUUGGAGCUUUCACCCACCUGUUUUUCUCUUGGAAGAAAGGGACACGUCCUUACUUCUAUUUGUGUUGCCCAAAUUUUACGGUUUUCUUUUCAAAAAUGGCCAAGGAAAACUGCUUUGAUGCCGGUGAAAAUUCUCAGUCGGGAUCAGCUGCAGGAGCCGGUUAUUCUUUAAUUGUCAUGAUCUCGCCAACUACAAGUGGAUUCCGUCAACAACUCCGUGAAGAAGGUAUCAAUUUUGAAUUACCUUUACGGCAGAGUAGCCGGAGAUCUUCAUUUGAACGUGAGCCAAUAUAUUUCGGUUUGGAUAACGAGACAUUUUCUACGAAUGAUAGCGUGGGGGGUUCCUUAUUGUCAACAAAAUCUGAUAGUCACUUAGAAAUUAUUAGAGCUGAGAGUGCUAAAGAACGAAAAAGCCCAACGAAAGGAAGCACGGAAGGCGCUUUUGAGAGUGAGGACGAACAAGAUGCUUCCGGUGAUUCAGACCAUGCUACAUGGCUUCAAGAGAUUGGAUUUUCUCCAAAGUUUAAAAGAAGACUUACAAGAGAGCUUUCUUUAUCUUCAUUCAAUGAAAAAUCCCUCAUGGAAUCAGCUAUGGCUGAUAUGUCACAUCAGUCUGGAAGUCGCAUAUCAUCUCCUACUGAUAUUUCAAAAACAGUUGUUGUGGUUACUGAACCGGCCAGUAUACAGGCGUUGUUUGACUUCUUAAAUGAGUCCAAAUUAUGCCAUCCUAUAACGGGCUCCUCCGCUGGAUUACCACCAACUCUUUUGUCGGAUAAGCCAUUUUUACACGCCACCCUCAAAAACUUGACGAAGAUGUCUCGAAUAACAAGGUCGGAGGAGAACGAGAGCAAAUACAUAUGUGAACUGACGAACGGACCAGUAAUGCCGCAUAUGAUAUCUCAGUUAAACACAUUCCUAACAACGUGUCCUUCUUUAAACUUCCCAGAAAACCGGUUGAAGGUUCGUGUUUAUGGCCGAAACUUUUAUGCUGCAUUGAAUCAGGUUUGUGGUUAUGAUGGAGCUGGUGAUUACAAUUUAUAUGAAUACGUUUUUAACGAAAAUCUUUAUUAUAUCAGUUGA